UGGUCGCAGACGACACUCAGAGCUUUGUUGGAAAGACCGGAAGAAUAACUUUCAAGGAGCAAAUUUCUCUGUGGAAAAAGGAGAUGAGAGUACAGUCGUGCUGGCCUGUGAUUAUCACAGUACUACUUAUAACCUACGCGGAAAGUUUUGCCAUCAGAACAGCAUAUUACAUGGUCUCGGAGCAAAAUCAGGUUUUUAAAAGUCGCAACGAGAGACGAGGAUUUCACUCAUUAAAACCCGGGCGAUCUUGUAUGGACAUAAGGAGGACUGAGCAUCCCUUGAUUAACGGAGAGUACUGGAUAGACCCAGAGGGCAACGGAAACCCUAUGAAAGUCUACUGUGAUAUGACAACUCACGGAGGGGGAUGGCUUCUUAUCUUCAACAUCGUGUUCAACCACCAAGCCAACUUGCCAGUUAAGGAGGAUUACCGAGUGAUAGACAACUAUCAAAAUAACCAGACUUUAUUGACUAACAGUGCGCUUCAUAAGCUCAGAACCCACAUUCAUUUCACUCAGUUGAGAUUUCACCGCCAUAAGAAAAAUGGAAGCACCUUCCAUAUAGUUACAAAGACCGAUGAAAAAGGCGAAGCUGUAAUCCAGUACUUCACAGGUCAAACUGAGACGGUGCCGACUUCUUGUGGAUCAUUUCAGAAAAUGGAAGACGACGAUUCAGAGCUCGCCAAGAAUUGCAGGUGGUGGGGAAAAAAAAUUCUGCAUACAGGUCUGACACAUGGGGCAUCGUGGGGAGACGUGAGUUGUACGAUGUUCCUAUGUUUAUUGGAGGAUUACAUCACUGGAUGACAAGUCCAAAAGGAGACAGAUGGGAAUGUG